AGAGAAUCUCGCCUUAUGCUACUACUGAGCCGUAUUCUUAGAAGUUCGUGUAAUGGAGGAACCUGAAAAUAAAGAAUGGGAAAUCUUUCCCCAAAACAGUGGAUUUCCAAAGACGAUUACCCCACUGCACGCAGAAAAAAAUGGGCGUAUACGAAGGGUUGGAGCGAAGCCUUCUAUUUACGUUUGCCCAAAACAAAAGCCAACUGUUCUCAGAGGCCGGUCACGAGUAGCCUUUUGUGGAUUUCGUAAGAGAAAUCUGCUACGAGCACAAGGAAAGAACCAUCCAGAAAACCAUGAAAAAUCAGUACCUGGCGGGUUGCAAAACGCACCCAAAAAAGUCUCCUUUAGCAAUAAUAUCCAGACAUUUGACGAAAAAUAUGUAAGCUCUCGGCGAAGCUCAUUCAAAAUGUUUUUCAAGCUGGCACUUAAAGUAGAAACACGAGAUGGAACCCAGAAUAACCAACAGAAAGAACCGGAUGAUACAAAUAAUUUAAUGACGUUUAACCCAAGUAGAGGUAAAACUUCAUCUCCCAGUAAUUCUCAAAGAAAGCAUUCAAGUUUGAGAAAUAUUUCUUCCGGAAUCAAAAGCUUUGUACUCAGGGAUGACAAAGCUCCCAAGGAGCCAGACAACAAAGAGUCAGUAAGCCGGCUUGCGAUAGUUGAGCAGAACACGCGGCACCACGGUAUAGUGACUAUACAAGCAAAAUGUAAAGGAAAGCGAAGUCGAUUUAAAAACUUCCAAAUGGACCCAGUUCCAGAAAGCCACGAGUCUGCACCUGAGGCACCGCUACUCGAAGAUCUUUCCGUGGUAGAGAGCAAAAUUCACUCAAAAACGGUUAGAAGCAACAGACCUUCAUCGAGGCCGAUGCAAACCCCGGCAGAAAAUACGACUCCAAAGAAAUGUACAGAGUUGCGUGAGGCAAAUGUCACAUCGAUCGACUUGGCAGCUCGAACAGAUCACAGGACAAUUCCAAAGGUCAAAAAGUACCCGAGACACUUUCCUUUUAAGAAUGGAAAGCUUGAACAGACUACCAAAGCCUGGAAAGACUACUGAGAGCCUACCAAGACUACUGAUUGCCGAACAUCUUUUGGUAUAGUAUUGAAAUACUAACAAGUCAGUAAAGAUAUUUUGGGUCUUGAUAGAUGCCUCGGGUAUUGUAUUUGAAAACGUAUUUGCUUUUUUAUAAUAGAGAAAUGAGUGGACUUGGCACAGUUGUCACUCAACCCGGAUCUCAAUAUUUCUAGCGGCAAACAUCGCUCAUGAUGACCGCAAAUUACAAGAAAAUCGGUACCUUUAGGAAUUAGACAAAUUCCUGGUUCAAUGAGUCUGUGGGCGAGCCUCUCAAAUUUUAAUAUUUUAUAGUUUGUACAAAUGUUGAGGUGCGUUUGUUGGAGAUGUUCACUCUCACUACUA